AUGAAGAUGUUGUUUUUGAUCUUGAACAACCUCUUGAAACAGCGCCAGCUAAUAAUUCUUAUCAAACAAGAAAAAAUCCUAAAUUCAUCGCUGAUAACACCGGUGAAGUUACUCCAGUUCUAAGAAACUACUUAUUAAAAUUCUGAAAUUACCAGUUCUUUGUAUUUCUAUUAUAACUUGUUUUUAACUUAUUUAUGCUAAUUUAGAGAACUUUUAUACACUUGAAAAUGACCUCGGAGAGGUCGAAACGUCGUGAUUUUUUAUCGGUAAUAUUUACCUCAAAAUCAAUUUCAGAAUUACAAACGGAAUUUCAAAACCGCGUCCUGUUUUUGUUUUUAUGGUGAAUACCUAUAAUAUUGAAUAACAAUUAAGAAGUCAAUUUUUGUAUGAUACUUUUCCAGUUGAAGAGAACCAUGAUAAUGAUCCUCCAAACAAUGCAAGAAAAUUGAAUAGAUGUUAUCUUGAAGUUGGAAAUGGAAUUGAAUACCCAGUGAUAUUCAUUACCAGGGACCGAGGAUGGGGGAGGGGCUGGUAGGGCCGCGGCCCCACCACUUUUUUGCGCCCCCGCCCCCACUUUUUGCGCUAAAAAGAAAAAUAAUUAAAAUUAAAAAAAAGACUUGAAACAAGUUUUUUUCCGUCUAUAUUCCGCUAUAUUCUCUGUAUUUUCUUUAAUUUCAAACACCAGGCAUUUUGUGGGGCUCCUGUGCUUUUCGCGGUAAUUGUGCCCUGGGGCCGACUUGCUCCUUGAUCAAACGCCAUGCCUUGGCAAUUGCCUUGGCCACCCCUUCGCUUCGUUCGGCAGCGUGUUUUGUACUUCCAGCUCCGGCAGAGUUUUUUUAAUAGUUUUAUCAGACGAAAUGAAGAUUAUUACUAGCUUUUUCAAGCCAAACGAAGGUGAGUAGUUGUUUUGAGUUGAUAAAAGUUUUAUGUUUUGUCUUUCUCCUUUCGAAUCAAUGAAAUAUUCGAUGGCAAGAAGAAUUACAUUACUUGAACAGUGAACGGCCAUAGGCCUAUUGCAUUUAAAAUCCGUACCCCCCCGGUUGAGGACUUACCUUUUCAACUUACUCCUUAAGAUUGGCUAAAAUUGCAUUCACCCCUGAAGACUUCCGUAAAAUAUGGGUUUACCCCUGAAGAAUUGGGUCAUACCCCUGAAGAAUUUGGGUUUACCCCUGAAGAAUUUUGUGAAAAUUAAGGCUUCACCCCCAGAGAAUUCCAUAUUUGUUUACUCUAUAUCUACCCCUAAAGAAACCCUCAAUUUUUAUAACUUACCCCUGGAGAAUUCCAUGGUUCCUCAACCGGGGGGGGGGGUGCGGAUAUUAAAUGCAAUAGCCCAUAGUUAAAAUUUUUCGAUUUUCAAUAUGAAAAAAAUUAUUUUCAAUUGUCAGCCCUCCCACUUUUCACCUUGCUCUGCGGUCCCUGAUUACAGACCAUCAUCAGAUGUUUCAAGAGUUUUCAGAGAUGUAAUGUCAUAC